UAAAACUUGAAGCCAGUUGAAAAAUCACUUUGCUGUUUAGCGAGCUGAAGCAUUGGUCGCUAUUUUAAUCCUGUAUAGCCAGGGGUGAGCUACAAUGUGCACUGGAAAGUGUUCAAAGUGCAUUGGGGUCGUGUUAUUCCCAUUAGCUGUAUGUGCCAUAAUCUCCAAUCUUCUCCUGUACUUCCCCAAUGGAAAUGUUAUAGAGCCCGACAAGAUAACUGAUUUGGUCUGGUUUUUCCAUGGCAUUCUUGGAGCUGGGAUACUGGUUAUUUUGCCAGCAUUUAUGAUGCUGGGUGCAGGUGGAGCUGGAUGUUGUGCUAACAGAUGUGGGAUGCUGCUCUCUGUGCUGCUGGCUGUGCUGGGAGCUGCAGGAGGGGUAUACUGUAUGGUCAUCUCAUCCUUGGGACUGAUUAGUGGGCCUCUUUGUGACACCGGUGAUGGAGAAUAUAUCUACCCUUUCCGGAAUGACACACUGACAGACAAUUAUUUGUUUAAUCAGACAACAUGGAGCAUUUGCAAAGAACCUGAAAACAUUAUUAUGUGGAAUAUUGUCUUGUUUUCUCUUCUCUUGGGGAUUGGUACAAUUGAAGCUGUUCUUUGCUUUAUUCAAGUCAUCAAUGGACUUAUUGGAUUCAUAUGUGGCACAUGCAUGAGGAAAAGAAAGACACAUAUUGCUGGAAUGUAAAUCACCUACAAAGAAUGCUAGUGACAAGCAUAGACCUGCGGGGAUUCAUGUAUAAUCAUAAUGUGUUGUGCUGUAUUUGUGGGGACAGAGGGACCCCAAGAUGUUCAGGAGUUUCAGAACUCCAGAACAUUUUAUAAAGAUAUCUGGAUGGGAGUGGGUGGAUUAUCUAGAACUUUUGACGUCACAGAUUCUUUUUUGUCUCCUCUAAGAACCCAGGCUAAGUCUCUGGUACUGGCAACAUGAUGCUGUCUUUUCAAGAGUGCCUGGCAUAUAUAAACAUUCAAUCACAAACAUUCUCCAAUUAAAAUUCACUGCUUACGCCACAAGUGCUGCCCUGUGUAGCAAGCAUGUCACUUUGAAGUGCUGAUUGUUGUGUAUGGAAACCUAGUCUGAAUGUAAUCAUUGCUAAUAUAAAGAUUUAUCAGCUUUACUGAACUCAUCCAUGCUGGUUGGAUGUCUAAAGAUGCUCAUUAAUGCUCCCCAAACCCUGUCCUGGCCCUGUGUAAAACUGGAAUGGAUUCUCUGGCAGUGCUCUAUCUAUGUUUGCAGUGUUGUUGUAAUCGUGUCGGUCCCAGUAUAUAUAUAGACAGACAAGGUGGGUGAGGUGAUAUCUUUUAUUGGACCAACUUCAGUUGGUGAGGGACACAAGCUUUCGAGCUUACACAGAGCUCAUCUUCAGGUCAUGCUCUGUCUAUUUCUAUCCCUUUGGUACGUAAGCACUGGUCUUCAGUCGAUACCGGGCUCAGAAAGGGUAUUUUCAGGACCUAGCAGUAGCGAUGUUGCUUAAAUAGGGCCAAUAUUUGUAGCACUGUGGAGGCCCUGUGUAGCAGGCAGCUGGCCAGUUUCUAACCUGCUUUAACCUCUGUGGAGCCAGCCUCCACUCACACUUCUGUGGGUGCUGUAGGAGGCUGUGGUGGUCUAUAAAGUGCCAAUGCUGCACUGAAAAUCAGCACUUCAAAGGUAAUAAUGUUGCACAUUGGUAACCCUGGAGAUGCAUUUGCCCCAACAUGCAAGGCAUGUUAUGUAGCAACCAACUAGCCAAUAACUAGUCUUAUUGAACUAUAAGGAGGAAAAAAAAUUCAGACUCAUUUCCAGGGGACUCUGAUAUGCACAUCCUAGUGUAGAACAUAUUCAUAUUCAGUAUUUAAUUUUUUUAAAUUGCACUUCUGAUCAUUCUUGUGCACGCUUUUCUGAGAAACUGAAGCUAGCCCUGAGAGGCACCAAAUGGCAUCAUUCUCAGUGCUACAGCAAGCAAUGAUCCCACAAAGUGCUGAGUGUGAGAUCAAGCCCUAAAUGCUAAAUCCAUGUGAUUGGUAAAUUCCAGAAAGUCUGUGAAUUCUUUGUCAUUUUAUUGGCCACUUCAAAGGCUAAUUCCUACAAUUGUCACUGAUUCUUCUGCUUAAGACAAAAAGUAGUAAGAUAUUUUACAUAUAUAUCAGAAGCUCUUCAAAACUGCCUAACUGUAAAGUUAGGUUACUUUGGAUCUGUUUUGCAAAAGGAGAAACCUUUGUUUCCUCUUUCAAAAAUGUUUUUUGACUACUGCAUUUGAUCGCACAAAUGGACAUUUUUCCCUGUCCCCUUGGGAAUUUUCACGCAGAAGUAUCCGGUCACUCAUGCUGUCACCUGAUAUAUGCAUGCAGAUCCCUCAUUCGAACAAAUAAAUGCCGGUUAUGUUCAGGCAACAGGUGUAUUUUAGGGGGUGCAGCUUAAGCACCAAUAUUUAAAUUUUUGCCCAUCAUGUUUUAAAGCAUAUUCUCUUAAAUAAAAGCAAGAGAGAAAUACACAGGUUGGCCAAGGUUUUCAAAUACUAAUAAAGGAUGUGGAUGCAUCAAAAUCCUGUAAGUGGCUCCAAAAGUUCCAGCUGUUCUAUACAGUGAAGUAUGCAAGGGGCUAUGAUCAGAGAGGAGGUUCACAGUACUACUGUCCCUUUUACUGCAGCAAUCUUUUUAUUUUAAAACUGAUGAAAAAUGAAAUAAAAUGCGGCGUUGUCUUUGGCUAAAUUGUGUAAAUUUUGUCCUUUCACUGCAUGAAAACGCACUGCAGAUUAUCCCACGUUUAACAAUUUAAAUGGGUUGUUUAUUGUCAUGUCCUGAGAAACGUGCAGCUGCUGUAGAGUGACCUGUAUGAACAUGCUUCUAGUGUAUUAAACCCCUAGAGCCUGAUUCUCAGUUACGCUAAGGGGCCAUAAUGUCCCUGAGAAUUCAGGCCUUUGUUCCUAGCAGUGCUUCACAGACAGUAUGUGAUCAAACGGUUCACAGCCACUGUGCGGCAGCCAUUAGUUUACACAGACAGAACCUGCUAGCAACCAGCUCCUUUCACCCACCUCUCCUCUUCAUGCAGGUCCAUGUGUCUGCCCCACCCUACGCAAGCUGUCAUGAAGGUCCUCUCCUAGGCCAGCUGGUCUGACUCCCUUGCACCACUCAACUCUCCAGACACGCCCUUAGUGCUGCUUGCUUCACUACUGCCUGCCAGCUUCUCUGGCUCCUGCAGCAGCAGCAUCUACUGUCUGCCACUACCUCUCUAUCUGGCUUCUGUCUGCUCCUGCUCCUAGACUCACCCUCCUCCAUCACUCCAGCUCUGACACAGCCAAUCAUCACCCACCUGACCACCCCGCACCCACUCCACCCCAGCUAGCCUCCCACCUACUGCUAUUUCCUCCCCACCUCCCAAGGAACCAGAAGUUAACUGGCUGGAACAGGUUACUCUCUAUUAUGAAGAGCUGCCUCGUUAGAUGAACCCCACUAGGCAAAACCUUAAGUUAGAUGUUGUUUCUUCAAAUGGGUUUCUGCAGUGGAAGCAAAGUAAGUGGACAGGCGGCUUGCUGCUGAGCGUUCGGUCGCAAAGAGGGGAGAUGUUAGGGGAAAGCCUGUCUUGAAUAUGGGUCAGGCAGGAGCUUUGGCACAGAGGAACUGCUUUGUAUGUGUAGCUGUGACAGUGAAACUUGGGAGAACGUACUGGAGCAGCGUUUUCAAGGAAAAGCUGCUUUGAAACUCAUGUAAAGAAACAAUAACUAAUUAGACAACUCUUUAUAAAACCCUAUAAUCUCUUACACUGCAUCACAGCAAGCAGGAAGGAAUAAAACAAUCACUAACAAACUCUACUGAGCCUCUAGGAAAAAUGUUAACUCUGUUAACAAGAGAACCCAGACUCUUGUCAGCUAGAACUGGGCAAAUUGUUCAUUGUGAAUACAAUUUCUUUGCAAAUUUAUCAUUUUCUUCAGUUUGCAAAUUAUUCCUGUGCUGACCCUGAUUUCUAUCACUUUAUUCAUUAUUCAUAUAUAUUUCUCAAGUAGUUUAGGCAAACCAAUUUCAGCCUAUCAGAUAUUCAUGAGCAGUCUGCUAGGACUGGUCACUUAAGUCACAUGGUAUCAUUUCUGCUCCCUGAUUGGAUGACUGAAACUUUUUAAACAGGAGGAGAAUAGAUGAUGAAAAAAACACGCUUCUAAUGUUCCGAUGAAUAUACAGACACUGUGGUCACUAGUUGGGAGUAGGGUUGCCAACCGUCCCAGUCUCGCCGUGAAUCUCCCAGAAUCAGGCUCUAUCUCCUGGAAGCUACUGAAGCCAAACCAGGAGAUUUUAGGUGCUAAAUGUCCGGCGGCACAGCGGGGCUAAGGCCGGCUCCCUGCCUCCCUUGACCCUGCACCGCUCCUGGAAGCAGCCGGCACGUUCCUGCAGGCCCUGGUGGGGGGCGGG